CGCACGGUGCGACAAAUCAUUCCGAGACUAACGAAAAGGGGUAGGUGUUGCAUUUCAAACGAUAAGACAGAGGCGCGGCUUCGUCAUGGAGAGUCAAUCAUUGAACCCGGGACCAGUUACGAUAGGCAUCUGUACAUCAGCGUUGAAGUCCAACAUCGAGGCUUUUAUAAAUAAAGUCAAAAGUCUCCCCAAUGUAGCAGUUAAAUUUAUUCAGCUACCAUAUAAUGAUUUAGACAGUUUUCGGCUUUCAAGUGAAGGACUGGAUGGUGUGAUAGUAUGUCAUUCUAUCAACAAUCGUCAAUUUGCAAUCACAGACGUCAUGGAUGCACUCUAUGACAAGUUCUUGCCUCAUGUCAAACAAGUUUUCGGAAAGGAUAACGUUUGUGUUAUUGUACACGACUUUUCUUGGCCCAUGGGAUCGGGACGGGAUGGCCAUACCAAGGUCAAAGGAACAUACAUGAAUACCUUCCGAUACAAACAAUUCACGACAUUUGAGUGCGCCAAACUGGCCACCAUCUGCGGUAGACAAGACAAAGUGAUAGAAAUGGAUGAAGAAGAUUUUAAGAAGACUGAAGACUUCGUGUAUCAGUGUGGAAAGCGAAAGCCAUAUAUCAGUAUCCCAAAUAUGGACUUGACACCGAUGGGUGGAAAACGUGCAUGGCGUUCCAAUUGGGGGCGAUUUAUAAAGGUUUCUGCAUGCCUGAGUGUCAUUGGUGGAAUUGGUUACUUCUGUCGGUCUUACUUCUUGAAAACCAUAGUCCUACAUAAUGAACGUAUGUUAAUGGUCAAUUUCACGGUAACUUCUUCUACUGCAUGGCAGGUUAAAAUUUAACACACAUUUCAUAGUGUGUAUCUCACAUCCUACAAAAUAAUGAUGGUAGUUUGCAUUUCAUAGAGUUAAUAAAGCGAUAUUAACUUUCAUGCAACCACAUUGAUUUUGUUACGCUUCAGCGAGCAAAAAAUGUGUUGGUAACUGACAUUACGCAAAAAAGAAACAGCAACUUUAGGGUGUUUAGUAAAAUUGAAAUAUCUCAUGUUCCUGAGUGGAUAGAGCGAUUAUUUGAAUAUGUAAAUAUACGUUCGUUACUGGAUUAAGAUAUGUCAAAAUAUUAAAUAAUUUGUUACUGUCUUUUGGGGGCUAUGAUAAUUUUUCCACGACCAUGCUGGUAACUGACAUUACGUAACUAACAUUACUCACAAAUUUACCAUAGAGAUAACCGUGGAAGUAAAAUGUGUGGAAUCAUUGCAUAAAUCUUCUGUCCAAGGCUUCACCUGAAAGUGUGUUUGAUUUGGCAGUAAAGCUGAGUUCCUGGGACAUUUAAAUUAAAAAAGCCCGGUUUUUCUAAAUUCUUUUUCUUUACUUUGAACAUCUUAUUAUGUAGGUAACUGAAACUAAAUGUACAUGUAUGGCAGUAAGUCCAAACUUCGCGCGUGUCCAUACUUCGCGGACGGUCAUUAUCUAAAAAACUAGCCAAUAUCCUUAAAAUCUGACAUCAUCAACGUGAAAAGCGACCUAAAAUUACCCUUUGGUGUAAGUUUCUUUAGGAUGAGUUCAGUAUUCAUGAAAAUAUUGGCAAAAGAUCGGCAAAUUUGUCACCGUUAGCGCCCGUUUUGAAGAAAUCUGAUAUUCUCAACAAGCAUCACGAUAUCACCAUUUUGCAAGCAGAAAUCAUCAAAAAUAUGAGUUAAAUGUGGUACUAACCGAUUCUAUAGCAUUUUGCCAUCAAUCUGAUAUAAAUAUUUAACUUUUUGAGCUUGAGUUUUGUUUAAAUGUCCACAAAAACUUUGGUCCGCGAAGUUAGGUCACACUUUUUCUGAACGGUUUUCCAGCACAGCGCGCAUUCGCCGAUCGGAAUAGAAUUUUGAGAUCGCGAUACCGGCAAAUCCCCUUGACCUAAUUUACAUUUUCGUUCAUGAUUUUAUAGUUUACGAUCUUGCCGUCAAUGUGGUAACUAUUUCUUGAAUUGGUUUUGUGUAAAUUAUGAAUAUUUUGUGAAAAAAUUUAAGCCUGAUGAAUAUUUUUGAAAUGUGCGCGAAGUUUGGACACCCCAUCAUACUACAUUUAAGGCUUAAAAUAUCAUAAUAAUUUACGUCAAAUAAUCAGAAGAAGAAAUGCUUACAUACUCGGGGGGGGGGGGGGGCAUAGCAGCUACAUGCAUAUAUUCCGAUAGUUAUUUGAUAUUGCAUGGUAGUUACACAUAGAUUUCUCUGAUCAUGCGCCCAAUUUUUAUAUUCGUCAGUUUUAUGUUGAUUUUUUUUUACCUUUUCCUUCUUCAACUCCCAAUAAAUGACAGAAAUUAAUUAAGGCCUGUAUCCUCUCCUACCCCUCUCCCGAAUUUCAUGUAACUACAGUUUCAUUGACUUUCUAAUCAGGUUAGUGCAAGCAAUGCUUGUUCAUAUCUGUCAGAUUUCAAUUUUCUUCAUAUUUCAUUUAAUCAAUAUCUUUGCUUAUUUCUUUUUUUAAGCUGUCAAUAAAAAUAAACUCCAAUUUC